GAGACGCUCUGCUCGAGUUUUAGCAGGCAGUACUAAACUACUAACUGCCAUCCCGAUAUUCCCCGCGACACAAACACGGCACGGCACAAACACGACGUCGUAUAGUCGUCCCCCGGAGUUGCGCGUCGAGCAGUCAGUCAGUCAGUAAUCAGUAUCAGGCCUGGACAUCGCGAAUCUCUCCUUCUCGUUGUCGAAUGCGUCGGCGGCUGUCAGUGCAGCAGUAGAUAGAGUUCGUAAACGUCGUGCAUUCGUCACAUGCCAAUUCGAUCAGAGACAUAGACAUAGAUAUAUAGAGAGAGGAGCAGUCGACGCGAAGUUGCGAAUCGUCGCGGUGUGCGAAGAUUCUGUGAGACUGUGUUGUUCGUUACAAGUUACAACUGCGAGAGGGGCACUUUUUCGAAGAGGCCCGUCGUCGCGCGCGCACACGACACAAGUAUAUAACAAUCGCACACACGCGAGUAUCUGUGCACGUACGGCAUUGCUUUUGCCUUUGGCUUAUUUAUUAUUAUCUGUAUAUCGGUGCGAGAGUGAUUAUUGUGCGACGCGACGUUCAAACACCAUCGCUCGAGAGCUCCUCAAGUUUCUCUCUCUCUCUCUUCACGGGUGAAAUUCUAUAUCCAACUACACACAUCACACGUAUCCACCGCCGCUGCCGCAUUAUAUAUACUCGUCAACGGCAAGACGACGACGACGACAACGACGACGACACCGAUAUUUAACGCUGCAAAAGAGACGAAAUGUAUCGUGACAAUUUGUAGCGGCUUUUAAUAGUUGCCAUCCGUGCGUUCGACAGUACUACUACGCGUGUUGUGACGACGCAGUGCAUAUAAAAAAAUUAAAAGUUGUCGACGACGACGAUCGAAGCUCGCCGAACACAAUUUUUCCGUAACUUUGGACGAGUCGAGAAAAAACCGAGUGAGAUAGAGGAAGAGAGAGAGAGCUUUGGCUUGACCCGGUCAUUAUGAAGAGCUGAAAUAAGAAAGAGGGAAAAGAGAGCCAGAGGAGGAGAGAUAGAUCAAAAUUAAUUGCCAUCCGAAUGGGGGACCAAAUGUCAUUCACAGCAAGCUCCAGAACUCAUUUAUAAUUGGUGGUUUUUCGUGAAAAAACCUUGAACAACACAAAAUGGUUUCUUCGAUUUCGGUCAACGGGGACGCCGAGGGCCUCAAGAAUGCGCCGCUGAGACUCGAAGACGAACAGCACACUUCUCGAAUCUUAGCCUCUCUCUACACGAUGAAGAAAAACAGAACCUUGUGUGACGUCAUUUUACACGUUGGUAAAGGACAAAUUCAGGGUCACAGGGCUAUUCUUGCCGCGGCGUCUCCGUAUAUUCUCGAGCAAUUAACCGAAAAACCGACCCACGAGUUGGUUGUUACGAUACAAUUAAACGACGAUCUUGACAUCGGAGCAGUUAAGAAGCUCGUCGACUAUGUCUACACAUCCAGAUUGGAAAUACAAGAAACGGAGCUCGAGAAGGUCUACGUCGCCGCGCGGGCCUUGAAAAUGGAAGGCGUCGCAGCCCAGUGCGCGACUAAUCUGCUGGAGAGAUUAACGCCCAAGAAAGCCCUUGACAUUCGCGGCAUUUCUCGUAUCACCGACAACGAUGCAUUCGUCAAGCAGGUUGAAAACUACAUCCGCCAAAACCUCGCGGAAAUUUUCGAAAGUCAAUCCUUCACAUCGGCUCUGCGCGUGAAACUCGAGGUGCUCUACCAAACCAGCCUCGAGAUGGACCUGGUGAACGAGACGAGCCUCGGCUACCUGGUCCUCGACUAUCUCAAGCGCUUCCUCGAGGAGUGCAACUGCAACUUCGACCUGCUGACGGAGAAGAAGCACCUGCUCUAUCUGGCCCUGGACAACAGUCUGCAGGACUGCUCGGAGAUACCGAGCGGCGACAGCACCGAGACGGAUCUCGUCAUCGAUUACAAGAAGCUGUCGCACAAGACGUUCACGCUCAACAAGAACAAGAGCACGAAGAAGCUGAAUCCGGCCUCGCCCCGAGUGAUCAUCCUGAAUCGCGACACGAUCGAGUCGCUGGAGGAUAAUGUCGAGCUCGACUGGAACAUGAUCGGCAGCAUCAAGUCCGGCGAGCACACGUAUCUGGCCGUGGUGACGCUCAACGGCCGCGUGGCCAAGCUCUCGAUACGGCUGCGCCUCAAUGCCCCUACGUCCCCUUCGCACGGUGCGGGUGGUGCCGGCGCCGACGAGUUGCACAGCUCCAGCAGCGAGCCCGAGCUCUACUGCUCCAUCUCGCCCAUGAAGUCGGGCAAGUGCUCGUUCGGCUGCGCCGAGUUCAACGGCGCUCUACUGGUUUGCGGCGGCUACGACCGGGUCGAGUGUCUGAAGACCGUGGAGAAGUACGUGCCGGAGUCCAACACCUGGGAGCCGCUGCCGGCGCUGAACGAGCCGCGCGGCAGGUUCGACAUGGCCGUGCUGGACGGUAAGGUUUUCGUGGUCGGCGGAUCCAACGGUUCCACCGAGCUGGCCACCGUCGAGAUGUUCGAGGAGGGCCAGAACAAGUGGAAGACCAUGGCCAGCCUGGACUUGGCCAGAUCUUACGUGGGCGUUUGCUCGAUGGGCAACAAAAUAUACUGCGUCGGCGGAUGGAACGGCAAUACCGGAAUCAAACAGUGUCACGUCUUCGAUCCCGAAGCCAACGCGUGGACGGAAAUCGCGCCUCUGAAAACCGGUCGCUAUCAAGCCGGCGUGAUCGAGCUCGACGGCAAAGUGUGGGUGAUCGGUGGUUGCGACUCGUGGAACUGCCUGACCUCCGUGGAGAUCUACGAUCCCGCCACGAACGAGUGGACCGAGGGCCCUAGCUUGCGCCAGGCUCGUCGCGGUUGCGGCGUCGCCGUGUACGAGGGCCGACUUAUGGUCGUCGGUGGCUCGACCGGCACCCACAGUCUCACCACGACCGAGAUCUACGAUCCCCUUGACCGACAAUGGACAACUGGACCUAGUAUGACUACGCCAAGAUCUAACGUCGGUGUCGCCGUAAUCAGUGACAGAUUAUAUGCAGUCGGUGGUUAUUCCGGAAAAAGCUUUCUUAGCCACGUUGAGUAUCUCGAUUUUUAUACGAACGAGUGGACCAAUUUAGUCCCUAAAUACGACGGCAUCAGGACACCGCCGGAGUACUGUCCCUCGUCGGGCUCCAGCGCUCACGGCAGCGAAAAGGACAUGCCACAGUCAACGUCGCACAGCGAAAAGCUAAGUAAAGCCAGCUCCGCGAUCGAAAAGAUUGUAUAAAUUAGUUACGUUAUUUUAUAUUGGCAUUAAUCGACGUGAAAAAGUAUAUUUCAUAAUACCGUUAAGGCACUAGACGAGACAAGUACAAUUUUAAUGAUUAAUGCAUAAUUAUAGACGCCAGUGUCGUCUGUGGUUUUCAAAAAAACCACCGUUUCAAGUUUUUGCGAUCCUUGAUGCUUCUGCCUUGUGAUUUUACACGAUAAAAGUAACUUCUCCAAACAAUCAUGUACAAGUGGAGAUAAAAAUUAAUUUGAUAAAUAUUAAUUGAACCUGAAUAUUUUUGCAGUCUGAAAAAUACCGAUAUUUAUACUAAAAAAUACAGUAAUGUAUUAUUUCCAUUAGUGAUGAAGCAUUUCUUUGAUUCUUUUUUAUUGAUAAAAAUCGAUUUGAGUAUUCUUUCAUUUAUAAAUGAUCGAAUCUAUUUUUCUGAUAACUAUUUAUAAUUGUAGUAUUAAAUGUUUAGUGAUUAAUUUUGUAUGACUAAAGUUUCAAUUGAUUAUCAUGAAAUUUGGUUUUUCUUGAAAUUUUAAUGAAAAGUCAUAAGAUUCUAAAUUAUUAAAGCGUAUGUAUAUAUUUUAAUAUUCUAUUGUAUUAAAUUCCUAUGGUCCAUAAACUGCCAUAACAAAAUCAAAAUGAUUUGUAAAAAAAAUGCCAGUUUUCAUUCUAAAAUAUUAUUCAACUCAAGCUGUUGAACUAUGUUCAAACAAAUUAUUGUAUCAUCAGCAUAUUUUUUGCUACCCCAACAAAGAUAUUAUUUCGCAUCUGCAUAUCCAAUAUUAUUUCAGUCAAUUCACAAUACAAUUUCUUUCAUCAAAUCCACAAUGUCAAACUGAAAAUUUGAUGAUGCAUCAAGUAUUGAUAUACUGAAAAUUUUUAAACACAAAUGCACCUAGUUAUUUACUUUGAAAAGUGUUACACUGCCACAUACCGAAAAUAGGAUUUAUUCCUGGUGAAUAAAAACAAACUGCACUAAAACAAUUGUCAAACUUUUACUGUCAUUUAUUGAUGUCAAAUAAAUGAAAAACUGGGUCCAACAUUCAAUACUUGAAAAGUCUUAAUAUACCGAAAAUAAAUCUUCUAAAUUUUCAGUAUUUCAUCAAUACAUUCUUGAAAAUAAAAAAA